AUGUUUGACGCCCCAGAAAAAAAGUACCUGCUCUACAAGCACGAGUACGAAACUCUCCGCAUCGAGCCCUGGGGGCCCAAUGCCUUCCGCGUCCGCGCCACGCAGGAACCGACGCUCCCCCCUGACGAUUGGGCACUCACUGAACCAGUGCCUGAACCAGAGGCAGACCAUGUCUCAGUCAAAAUCACCAACGAGGGUACUACAGCGGCAUCCAUCACCAACGGCACUAUCACCGCCUCCCUCUCUCGCCUGGGAAAACUGACCAUCACCAACGCCGCCGGUAAGAUUCUACUCGAAGAAUAUAGCCGCAACCGCAUGGACGUCACCGAUCCCAAAUGCAGUGCCCUCCGCAUCAGUGCACGGGAAUUUCGUGGCCGGCUGGGAUCAGACUCAUGGCAUCUGACUGCUCGAUUUGAGUCCGAAGUCACUGAGCAGAUCUUCGGCAUGGGCCAGUACCAACAACCCAUGCUUGACCUGAAAGGGUCUGACCUCGAGCUUGCGCAGCGCAACUCGCAAGCCUCUAUCCCGUUCGCCGUGUCGUCUAACGGCUACGGAUUCCUGUGGAACAACCCAGCCGUAGGCCGUGCCGUGUUCGGACGGAACGUAACGACAUUCGAAGCCCUCAGUACCCGGGCGCUGGACUACUGGGUCGUGGCGGGUGACACGCCUGCCGAAAUAGUACGGGCGUACGGAAAGGUCGUCGGGACGCCGCCUGAGAUGCCCGAGUAUGGGCUUGGGUUUUGGCAGUGCAAACUAAGGUACCAGACGCAAGAGGAAAUCCUCGGGGUCGCGAGGGAGCAUAAGCGCAGAGGGCUACCAAUGGAUGUCAUUGUGGUGGAUUACUUCCACUGGCCUGCCGAGGGGGACUGGAGGUUUGAUCCUACGUUUUGGCCAGAUCCGGACGCAAUGAUCCAAGAGCUCAAAUCCCUGAAUAUCGAGCUCAUGGUCUCCAUCUGGCCAACCGUUGACCGCAAAUCCGAGAACUUCGCCGAAAUGCUGUCCAAAGGCCUCCUUAUCCGACAAGACCGUGGCAGUAGUCUCGCCAUGGAGGGCGAAACGAGCACCAUCCACUUCGACGCCACACACCCCGAAGCACGGAAGUUUAUCUGGGAGAAAGUCAAGAAGAAUUACUACGACAAGGGCGUCAAGAUCUUCUGGCUUGACGAGGCGGAGCCGGAGUACACGCAUUACGAUUUUGACAAUUGGCGAUACCACGCGGGGCCGAACUUAAUGGUGGGGAAUCUGUUUCCAGUAAGGUACUCGCAGGCGUUUUACGAGGGGAUGAAGAGCGCGGGACAGGAGAGGGUGGUGAACUUGGUUAGGUGUGCUUGGGCGGGAAGUCAGAAGUAUGGCGCGCUGCUGUGGUCGGGGGAUAUUGCGAGUUCCUGGAGUAGUUUGCGGAGUCAGGUUUCUGCGGGCUUGAACGCGGGGAUGGCGGGGAUGGCGUGGUGGACUACUGAUAUUGGUGGGUUUCAUGGAGGGGAUCCAAGGGAUGAGGGGUUCAGGGAAUUGUUUGUGAGGUGGUUCCAGUGGGGAGUUUUCUGCCCCGUGUUUAGACUGCAUGGGGAUAGGGAGCCGCAGCAGAAACGGCUAGGGCACACGGGCGGGAGUCAUUGUUUGAGUGGAGCGCCGAAUGAGGUUUGGGUGUAUGGCGAGGAGGUUUAUGGGAUUUGUAAGAAGUAUUUGGAGUUGAGGGAGAAGAUGAGGGGGUAUGUAAGGGACGUAAUGAAUGCGGCACAUGUGCAUGGGGAUCCGGUGAUACGGCCGGUUUUCUAUGAGUUCCCUGGGGAUAGGAAGGCUUGGAGUAUGACGCAGGAGUACAUGUUUGGCUCGAAGUAUCUGGUCGCGCCGAUCUUGGAGCCGGGACAAAGGGAGAGGAGUGUAUUGCUACCAGUGGGGGCUCAGUGGAGACAGUUCUCGGCUGAGGGGGACGCACAGGGUGAUAUUCUAGAAGGGGGAAUGACGGUGGAGGUUGCGGCACCUCUAGGAUACACGCCUGUCUUUGAAAGACAGUGA